CUUGCUGCCAGCAUUUCACGACUUACCCUCUGCAAGAACGAAACGUCAACAUGUCCUCUGAGGAAUCUCCCUACAAGCAAGCAUUCUCUCUUUUCGACCGUCAUGGAACGGGCCUUAUUCCUAAAAGUUCAAUUGGCGACUUGCUGCGCGCCUGUGGACAAAACCCCACUUUGGCAGAAAUUGCAGAGAUUGAGUCUACUCUCCCUGCAGAAGUCAAUAUGGACGAGUUCUUGAACGUUUUGAACCGUCCUCACGGCUUUGACAUGCCCGGCGACCCGGAAGAGUUCGUCAAGGGCUUCCAAGUAUUUGACAAAGACGGUUCCGGAAUGAUCGGUGUUGGUGAACUUCGUUAUGUCCUUACUUCUCUUGGUGAAAAGUUGAGCAAUGAGGAAAUGGACGAACUGCUCAAGGGUAUCCCUGUCAAAGAUGGAAUGAUCAACUACCACGAGUUUGUCCAAAUGAUUCUGGCGAACUAGACCUAACGAUAUCUUACAUGUCUACCCUUGAUGAUUUUCGCUUCUUCAAGACAGUCUACAGAGCUGCACAUUUCCAUAUACCCUAGCAGCAAUUGCCAACACGCAACGUACCAGCAUACACAUGGACAUUCUGAUGUCGCACACUUUCGUGUUCAUAAGUGCAACAGCUGGUUCGCUCUAUAAAGUGUGUGCGUAAACGAGUCUAUGGCUCGGUUCUGUCGCUGAAUACACGCAAAUAUAAAACACAUUUUCCUUCCUUUUUCGUAGUUUUAUAACAUUCUCAACAUUAAGUCCAUAACUACGUUAUUGGUGAGCCCCAAACCUUAAGUAACUUCCCCAGCAGAGCGUAAUCUUUCAACAAUGCACAAUUUUUUGCC